AAGCAAUUUGUGGAGUCUGCUCUUUAUCACAGCAAAGAUCUUGUGAUUGGAAAUGGACCUCAGGGACCUUUUGACCACCUCUUCGAACUCAAGUCUCCAUUAUACAAGACGGGAUCACUGCAAAAGUUCAAUCCAGGUGACCUCUUCCUGUAUGCAGUGACAGACUCUGGGAUGAACAAGAAGUGGGGUCGUUCGAUAAAAGACGCCGUGAAAGCUGCCAUUGAAGGUGGCGCUACCAUUGUCCAAUUGAGAGAAAAAGACGCAGAGACACGGGAGUUCUUGGAAGCUGCCAAGGCUUGUGUGGAAAUCUGCAAGUCUAGUGGAGUGCCGCUACUGAUCAAUGACCGCAUAGAUGUUGCUCUGGCAUGCAACGCAGACGGCGUCCAUGUUGGUCAAUCAGACAUGCCAGCAUGGGAAGCACGGGAGCUCCUAGGGCCUGGAAAAAUCAUUGGCGUCUCAUGUAAAACCCUGGCCCAAGCCGAGCAGGCGUGGAAGGAUGGUGCAAACUACAUCGGCUGUGGCGGUGUCUUCCCAACCAGAACGAAGGCAGCCAAUCCCACCCUAGGGAUUGAGGGACUGAGGACCGUCUGCUUGGCUUCGAAGCUACCAGUGGUGGCCAUCGGCGGCAUCAAUGCCGGAAAUGCAGUUUCGGUAAUGGAGCUUGGGCUCCCAAAUCUGAAAGGUGUGGCUGUGGUCUCUGCUUUGUUUGACCGGGAAUGUGUCGCGACGGAGACAAGAAACCUCAGAUCCAUCCUGGAGAAUGCUCACUCCAGAUCUUAGAGCAAGUUGGGACUUGGCACCUGCUCAUUUAAUUUUUUUCGGUUAGGCCAAAAUAAGUUUGUAAUCAAGUUUUCAGCUUCGCUUUGUCAAAAGGGGAUAAAAUUCACUGCAAUGUUCAAUAAUUCGGGGCAGUGUUAUUAAAACUAC